AUUCUAGUAACUUUCGUUGACAUCCGGCGUUAUCGCUUGGAAUAUCACGAUGACGACAAAUGUAUAUUUUUGAUGACCAUGUGCACGUCGUUGUCUUCAUUCGUUCAAUAACAGGUAAUGCAUUCGUGCAUUGAGUGUCAAUAUUCAUCGAGUGAGUCAUUAUCAAUGACGACUGUGAAAUUCGCAUGAAAUACAAAUCACGUGAAGAUAAGUAAUUGAUAACAUAAAUGCACCAUAGCACCUUGUGAGUAGGUUUUAAAAAUAACUUAAUCUACCGAUUCGAUGUGUGACUCAUGAGAUUGUCAAAAGUUUUGCAGUAAUAGCCCAAUAUCGACAUCUUGGGAGUGAAUUGCGAUGUGCAAAAUGAUGGAAUAUGUGCAGAUUUAUGGCACAGAAGUUCAAAAUCGCCUUAACGUUGCUUCGUUGACAACAUGCAAAGCUCUGAUGCUCGGUUGGUGAGACAAACAUCAUCAGUUUCAACUCUAUAUUACUUCGACUCGCAUAUUCCUUCGGGAAUCCGGAGGAAAUCUCGUUGAAGCUGUCAAAAAUUUACGCUUGCGAUAAGUAUGACAACGAACCGAGGAGAUAAUGUAUCUGGGUGAUACCGAUAGUACGUGUAAAGGUGGCAAAAAUAUAGAAUAAAAAUAUCACCUAUUGAAAAUGUGACUGAUGAAGUGUAUGGUGAAUCAAGCAAUUGGACAAACUGGAUUCUUUCGAUACAACAAGAUAAGACAUGAUUUUCAAUUGCCCACAAGCCGACACCUGAUUAAUCUACAAGUAAUUAAUUAUCACAUCUUCCGAUCAGGAAGUAAACAGUCUGAAUCAUACGCCAUCAUUGUAAUCGAUAAUACCAAUGCUAUCAGAUUAGAGAAAAGCGGUGAUACUAUAAAACGUGCGGAUUCUUGCAAUAUGGAAGCAUUCGAUCGAAAAUUCAGUACGACGUAGCAUCGAGCAAAUUCUCAAGCAAAAUGAAAGUUAUUCGCACUCUGGUAUUCACAAUCCUCUUCGCCGCCGCUACCUCAGCCGGCAGGAUACCCAUAAAAAAUGAAGAUGAAAUUCGUCAUAAACCCGACGACGCGCUCAAUUCAAUCCUGCGUAAGCAACCUCUCCACAAAGAAAGAGACCUGCUUCCGGUACUCCGACCUCACAAAGGAGAAGGUCCGCUCCUCGAAGUCGGACAUCCACCGAAGCACCGCCCCGAGGAACUCAAGGAACACAGAGUACCUGCACCACAUCAGGAACCGCCGAAGCACCCUGAGAACGAAGACGCGUUAAUUACAGCAACGGAAUCCGUGACUGAAGAUACUUCUACAAACAGCACAACUGCAGUUUCCACCACCGCGGAAUCCGAAUCAGAGAAUGAAGUUGUACCCAGCACGGAAACAGAAUCUACCACGGAAUCUGAAGACGAUGAAUCUACAGAGUCAAGCGCAGCUUCUACUUCUGAACCAAAUUCAGAUGGUACAACCGAAGCCAGUGGAGACUCGGAAUCUACGACCACACCUGAAUCCGAAGAAGAAAAAGAAGAAGAAGAAGAAGAAGGAUCUACGGAGACAAAUGUGACUACAACUGUGAAGACAGAAUUGGAGAGCGAAUCUGAAACUAGUGAAGACUCAGUAAUUUCUACUACAGAAUCUGAGACGGCGGAAGCUGCUACGACCGUUGUAAGCACAGACUCGGAGUCAGUCGGAACAAGCGCUGAGACAAAAAGCUGGUGGCAAAGAAUGUUCUCCUGGAUUUGAUCAUUUAUUGAUUAGAAGGACAAGAAUUCUCUUUGUUAGGUUCCUGAUUUUUUUUUUUUUUUUUUAAGAAAACUUCUCACCUCGUGUAGCAUCAAUCUUCGACAUUCACAUUUCUUUAAUUGGCUUGUGUGUUAAUAAAUUAUUGAUUAUGUAGUUGUACAAGUUUCUUGACUAGCAUGAGUUUAAUGGAUAUUAUAUUAUACCCAUGCGCUUAUUAAUUUAUGCAGAAUCGAAUUUAUCAACUAAUGUAUCUCACGAAUACUGUGAAAUAAAAACUA